AUGUCGGGCAAGAACGACCUGGACAAGCUGCGGAACACACUCUCCUUCCAUGUUCCAGAGAAAGGCAGUUGGAAGGCCGUGACACCCGCCGACUACCCCAAGUUUAUGGCUGCGGCGAAAGAGCAAGCUGCCAAGGGCGCACGUGAAGGCGGCCAGCCGAUCGGUGCGGUCGUCGUACACCUCCCCACUGGACAGAUAUUGGGACGCGGACAUAACCAGCGCCUCCAGCGCGGUAGCCGGGUGCUGCACGCCGAGACGGACGCGCUCGAGAACGCCACCAUGACUGGCGAAGCCGGCGGGCCACCAGUGCCGGACAACCUGAUGGCUGAGUGUGGCAUGUUCACCACCAUGAGUCCGUGUCCUAUGUGUGCAGGAGCGUGCGCCCAGUUCGGCCUCAAGCUCGUUGUCAUGGCGGAAAACGAGACCUGCUCGCAUGGCGAGUUUGUGCUCGCCCACUUUGGCAUCGAGGCCGUCAACCUCAAGGACGGGGAGAUGCUCAACACUGUCAAUGCCUGGAUCAAAGGGCCUGGCGCAUCGACGUGGGAUAACCCCGAGCUCGCGGUGCCACUCCGUAGAUGGAUUGCCGACGAGCCCGGAAACCCAAAGGGGUGGGUUCCGUCAUAG